AUGAUCAAACAUCUACAUGAUGGUAAUCUUCAUAAACAAAUAGGCGGAGGCACUUUAGUUUUCAAAGAAAAAUAUGCUAAUUACAUUUUUAAAUACAUCCCUAAAAAUGAUGUAAGAAUAAGUAUGGGUGUUUUUCCGUAUUGUCCACCUCAUUUUGGUACAAUAAUUACUUUUGCUCUUGCAUUUUCCCUUGCUCAAAGAUUAAAAAAACUUGGAAAAAAUGUAUCAAUUAUAGUGGGAAUGGUGGAUACAGAGCCUACAGUUAAUGAUGUAUGUAAAAUUGAUGAGGUUUAUUACCAAAAAAAUAUUACUUACACUGGAGUAAUUUACGAUCAUAUUGAUGAUUACAAAGAAUUACUUGAAAAAUUAAAUUCUCACUUCGGUGGCAUGGAUUAUGCAAUAGUAAAUUUAAGUGAUUUAAGUCUACAUAGGAAGGCUCCGGAAAUAAUUAAGAAAUUAGUAAAUGAACGAGAAAAAAUUGGGGAUCUGUUAUUUCCUUUAACAAAAUGUCUCGCAUUAAGGGUAGCCUGUCCUCAAUGUGGUUUGACAGAUAGAUAUGGAAUAAAAAAUUGUUACGAUGGUGAUAUAAUUCGUUUCUUUUGCCCUAAUCAUGGUUGGCAUUCAUUUGAUAUAAAAAAAGAUAAUUUACAAAAGUUGGAGUAUGGAUCACCAUUAAGAAAUUUUUUAAGAGGUUUAUUAUACACGGAGGAUAAUAAAGAAAAUGAUAUCCCUUAUUCUUGGUUACGAGUUACUGGUAGUGACCAUGCUGGGUUUUAUCAAGAACAGCUUUUUUAUAGAGGUGCUGCGAUGUUAGAUAUUGACAUAAUUAAUUCCCCGCUUAUUGUUUAUUGUCCUUUAAUAACCGAUUGGACAGGUGUUAAAUUAUCAAAGAAAAUCCAUUUUGGUGGAGGAUAUAAAUAUUUGACUGAGCAAGGAUUAGAUUAUUUUCUUAAUUAUAAAAAAUUUAAGGAAAAAUUUGGUGAAAAUGGUAUAGAAAUAUUAUUUGAUGAAACGAAUUUGUGGUUAGAAGAAUCACAUAGAUUGUUUAGAAGCUAUACUAUUUUUUAUUUUAUUGAAUUGUUUAAGGAAAAAUCAAUCAAGCUAUAA